CUCCACUGUUUUUAAAGCCGGGGCUGGGAGCUGGCAUUUACUUCGGCUCCCAAAUCAAAGGCGGCUAUUCAUUCCCGAGCCGCCGGAACGUUCGUCUGCAUCCGGCCCCUUCAUUGAGAUGCGGUGCGCUGCCCGGGAGGGCCGGCCUGGGUGCAGCUGAGCUGCGGCCGCGAGCCCAGCGCCCAGGCGCUCUGCCCUCCUCCUCCUCCUCCUCCUCCUCCUCCACCAUCUCCUCCUCCUCCUCCUCCUCCUCCUCCUCGCCGGCUCCCUGCGCCCUCCCCGCCCCAGGGCUCCCGCUCCGUUUGCUGCAUUCGCGGAGCAGCUGGGCAGGCGGGCUGCGUGCGGGAAGCCUGUCCUGCCAGGCGGAGCGGGCAGUGCCGGCCGGCGGCCGCAGCGGCGGAAGAUGAGCCCCGCUAGGGCCGCCCCGCGCUGAGAGCCCAGCCCCGCCGCUGCCCGCCCGCCAUGUCUCAGAUGCUGCACAUCGAGAUCCCCAACUUCGGGAACACAGUGCUGGGCUGCCUGAACGAGCAGCGCCUGCUGGGCCUCUACUGCGAUGUGUCCAUCGUGGUCAAGGGCCAGGCCUUCAAGGCCCACCGGGCGGUGCUGGCCGCCAGCAGCCUCUACUUCCGCGACCUGUUCAGCGGCAACAGCAAGAACGCCUUCGAGCUGCCCGGCUCGGUGCCGCCCGCCUGCUUCCAGCAGAUCCUGUCCUUCUGCUACACGGGCAGGCUCACCAUGACGGCCAGCGAGCAGCUCGUGGUCAUGUACACGGCCGGCUUCCUGCAGAUCCAGCACAUCGUGGAGCGCGGCACCGACCUCAUGUUCAAGGUGAGCUCGCCCCACUGCGACUCGCAGACCGCUGUGAUCGAGGACGCCGGCUCCGAGCCCCAGAGCCCCUGCAACCAGCUGCAGCCGGCCGCCGCCGCCGCCGCCGCCCCCUACGUCGUGUCCCCCUCGGUGCCCAUCCCGUUGCUGACCCGCAUAAAGCAUGAAGCCAUGGAGCUGCCGCCGGCCGGCCCAGGCCUGGCCCCCAAGCGUCCGCUGGAGACUGGGCCCCGGGACGGCGUGGCGGUGGCCGCAGGGGCUGCGGUGGCGGCGGGCGCAGCCCCUCUCAAACUGCCCCGAGUCUCCUACUACGGGGUGCCCAGCCUGGCCACCCUCAUCCCCGGCAUCCAGCAGAUGCCCUACCCCCAGGGGGAGCGGACCAGUCCGGGCGCCAGCAGCCUGCCCACCACCGACAGCCCCACCUCGUACCACAAUGAGGAGGACGAGGAGGACGACGAGGCCUACGACACCAUGGUGGAGGAGCAGUAUGGCCAGAUGUACAUCAAGGCCUCUGGCAGCUAUGCAGUGCAAGAGAAGCCUGAGCCAGUGCCACUGGAGAGCCGCUCCUGCGUCCUCAUCCGCCGCGACCUCGUGGCCCUGCCUGCCAGCCUCAUCAGCCAGAUCGGAUACCGCUGCCAUCCCAAGCUCUACUCGGAGGGGGACCCCGGAGAAAAGCUGGAGCUGGUGGCAGGCUCUGGGGUCUACAUCACACGCGGCCAGCUGAUGAACUGCCACCUCUGCGCAGGGGUGAAGCACAAGGUCUUGCUGCGGAGGCUCCUGGCCACCUUCUUUGACAGGAACACGCUGGCCAACAGCUGUGGGACUGGCAUCCGCUCGUCCACCAGCGACCCCAGCCGGAAGCCGCUGGACAGCCGGGUCCUGAACGCUGUGAAACUGUACUGUCAGAACUUCGCCCCCAGCUUCAAGGAGAGCGAGAUGAACGUGAUCGCCGCGGACAUGUGCACCAACGCCCGCCGCGUUCGCAAGCGCUGGCUGCCCAAGAUCAAGUCCAUGCUGCCGGAGGGCGUGGAGAUGUACCGCACGGUCAUGGGCUCCUCGGCGGCCAAUGUGCCCCUUGACCCCGAGUUCCCGCCCGCCGCGGCACAGGUGUUCGAGCAGCGCAUCUAUGCCGAGCGGCGGAGCGACGCGGCCACCAUCGUGGCUCUGAGAACUGACGCCGUGAAUGUUGACCUGAGCACCGCCACCAACCCCGCCUUCGACGCCGGGGAGGAGGUGGACGGGGCCGGCUCGGUCAUCCAGGAGGUGGCCGCCCCCGAGCCGCUGCCCGCCGAUGGCCAGAGCCCCCCACAGCCCUUUGAGCAGGGCGGGGGCAGCCCCAGCAGGCCCCAGACGCCCGCAGCCGCGGCCCGGAGGCCGGAGGGCACCUAUGCAGGGACUUUGUAAGCGGAGCUGGGUGGCUGCACGAGAGGGACCGAGUACUAGAGCUGCUUGCAUGCGUUACUAAUACAAACAAAUGUGAUCAAGCCACUUACCUACUGAACUGCUACUGUUGCCUGAGAAAAAUGUGAUUUUUAUUCUGCUUGUAUUUAAAAUUGAUGAAGGAAACAAAUGCAUUCAUUAUACUGUAAACAAUUAGGCCACUGGCAGCCUCCUGUGAGGAAGCUCCCAGGGCUCCCUUUUGAUAUUCACAAGGUCAGUCUCCAAGUGUAGCUUCCCUCCCCCUUCUCGGGGAGGGCGGGAGGCCACCAGGCCCCUGGUGCCCAGCCCUGCCCCUUCCUCCCCGCCCUUCCUGCUCCUUCUGCCCGGAAGGCAAAGCAGGGGCGGUGGCCUGUGGCGGUGGGGUGGGGGGGGCUGGGCUGUGUGUCACUGACCCUUACUUCCUUACCCGUGGAACCCGUCUGGGGUAAUGGGGCAGGGCUCAGGGCCCAGGGCCCUAACUCCUCGUUUUUCCUUCUUUCUGAGACUCGGGGCCAGGCCCACCAGGCCUCCCACCUGUGUGGGGUGUGUGCACGAGUGUGUGUGUGUGUGUGCGAGUGCGUGUGCAGGGGGCGUGGCGAGGGGGGCAGUGAUGGCUGUGGCUCACCCUUCAGGGGGUGGAGAAAAGGGUACUUUAUUCUGCCCCCUCACCCCAUCCUUGUUCUGCCCAGUCUGUCUCGGCUCUGCAGCCCCUCGGUCCCCUGACCCCCAGGGCACCGCUGACCCCGCCUGGCCUCCCACUGUCCUGCCCGGGCCCACUGUGGGACGUGCACAGCUGAUGGUGCCCACGCCGCCCUCUGCCGCCUCAGCCACUUUGGGAUUAUGCUUGUCUUGUUUUUUUUGGGUUUUGUUGUAAUUUAGAUCUAUUUCAUGUAUGGUUUGGAAACUUUCAGACUCAAUAGAGCAAAAACUUUGGGUGGGAUGGUGUACCUGUCCCCGGCCCACCAUGACUUGGGGCGGGUCAUCUGUGGCAGGGUGCACCCCCCUGCCCCCCACCCAGGGCCAGGGACCACUCGUCUCCCACUGGGGGAAAAAGGGGGUCCCGGAUGGGCGACCAGUAUGUGUGAAGCUGAGCUCAGGGUCCGACCUGGGGAGCGGGGCUCUGCUCAGGCAGGAGGCAGCGCCCAGGGCUGGGCCAGGGCGAGAGUGGGUCCUCCCAGUGCUGGGCUCCCCGUCUGCCUUGGGGGUGUGCAUGGAUGGAGGCUGCAGGCAGGAUGUGGCCAAGACAGGUCUGGGCUGGGGCAGUUGGAGGUGUGGGCACUGGUAGGGGACAGAGGGUUAGGGAUGCGUGUUGGGGGCCAGAGACAGUGGAGGAAAGGCCCAUGGAUGGUGGGGCUGGUAGGUUUUGAGGCUGGAGAAAUUUAAUUUGAAAUUUAAUUACUAUUUUUUAAGUGGUGGGGGUCACAGACCAUGUGAAGUCCUAUGUGAAGUGCUGGUGUGGCCACCUACCCAGGUGCCUCUCCCUUUUGUUUUGGGGGCCUGGGCCCUUGUCCAGGGGCAGCCCUCCUUCUGAAGUGUGGCCAGAAGAACCCCCCAUCCCAAGACUUGAAAUGUCUGUUGCUCACCUCUGUCCCUCCAGAACUCAGCUUCCCCAUCUGCGUGUGCAAAACAAGUGCAGCGCUGUACCCGUCAGCACCCCCUCCCGUGUGCACACAGGCCGGUGAGCGGUGGCCGACCAGCACAGCCCACUCCCCCAACCUCCACAACCCGUCAAGUGGAGGCCGCCCCCGCUAGGGGAGGACCAUGUGCUGCACCAUGGCUUGGGGACCUACAGGGUGUGGGUUAGAUGCAUUCCCACUGGGUGACCCCUUUCUGCCCCACAGCCCACCCCUGUGGCAAGGCCCUGGGAGACCUCCCGUGGGGCCGCCUCUAUAGACUGCACUCAGCCCCCUGGGCUUCCUCCAGCCAGGCCCAGCACGUGCCUGCCCUCUAGAAAACUACGUUGCUUUCCAGAAGGAGGUGGGGGACCAUGGGCAGACACUAUGGACGCUAACCUCGGCCCCUCCACCUGUUCCUCAGGGCCCAAGUCCAGGGAGACCAAGGCCUGCAUUCCUAGGGCCGGAGGUGGAUCAGUGGUGCAGAGACAUGUGGACCUCCUGCUGAACUCAGAACCACCCAGCCUAGAGGGAGCCUCUCUCUGCCUCUUCCUCCCCUGUCUUGGGCCCAGGUGGGGUUGGAGCCCCCAUGGGGCCCACUGAGAACCUGGACCAAACCUUCCUUGGAGCUGGGAGGAAGCAGGGGCAGGUAGGUGAGGUUGAGCUGCACUUCAGUUCCCUCUGGAUUUUCCUGCAUCUGCCCCACACCCAAAUUUGCACUUUAAUUUGACCAUCCCUGGGGGCCUGGCUGCUGACAGAAGGGCUCUCUCCGCCCUCCACUCCAAAGUGGGUGCCCCCCACCCUUGGCCAGGACAGGGAGGGAGCCGCUGGCCACUGCCGGAGGUGGUGGCUGCACAGAGGACGCCUGACUGCUGCUCAGGCCUGCACAAUGUCCCGUGGCCCCUUCCUCACUCGUUUGUAAUCGCCGUCUGUUCUGUUGUUCUGGGUAAGGAAGGCAAGAGCUAUAGGUAAAACUUAAAUAAUAAUAAUUUAAUGUGAAUGGGUUCUGAGCUCUCCCUGCGCCCCGGGCGGGCCAGGCUGAGCAUUUUGCACUAAUGUGUCCCACGGUGGGCGUGAGUCGGGAGUGUCUGCGGACGUGCAUGGCUGCUGAGCGGACCUGCCGUGUGCUCCCUCCGUGUCCUGAAUGUACCGUGGGGCGGGGGCGGCGGCCCGGGCUCAGAGGGGCCUUCCAGAGUGCCUUAGCAUCCUUUGAUCAUUUUUCCCAAGGAAACCAAUUAAGAAAGCCGGACCCUUCCCUCCUUUGUUUACAAGAUGACUAAUUCCAGAAUCCGGGGUUGUCCUGUCCUGUGAGUGUGACCCUGACUCAUCCAGACCCUAUAGAGAGAGACGAGCCACUCAGUAUUUAUGAGCUGUCCGCACCUUUAUCCCUAAGCCUGACUAUUAGCAAUACGCAUAUCCUAUAUAGAAUCUAUUACAGAGCUACGUUAUCUCCGCACCUUUAAAGGAGGACAGAAAGGACUGGACUGUGUUGGAGCUGCCGCCUGGCAGGUGGUGGGCCUGAUACCUAGCCGCCUCUCCUGCCCUGCCCUCCUCUUCCCCAAGGGGAUGGGCCCAGGAGGCAGCUGGUUUGCAUGCAGAGGUCCAGGAGGGACCGGAGGUGUGACAGAUACUGUGAGCCCAGCAGGCCGCGCCUGGCUGGGUGCCUCGGUACUUGAAUUCUGUCUCGUUUUCCGCACUGUGUCUGCCCACCCGAGUUCUCUGUCGUCACUUAACUUUGCAUUGGAUUUGGUUAUUGUACUUUGCCCCUGAAUGUGGAUGAAGCUGUGGGCGAGAGGCCAGCAGGACCCGCCUGAGUGUCCCGGUGUUGGCGACUGUGGGUCAGGGCUCCUAGAAGGUGGGAGCCGGCUGCCUGGCCUCCUUUCUCCUCCAGGAAGAGUCAUUCUUUGGCAUUUGUGUUUGCCAGGAGGAAGGCGGAUGGUAGUGACAGAGGGCUGGUCGGCCCUCGGGGCUGGAGCCCUCUGAGGGGACUUGAGUGCCUGACCCUGGCCUGUCCUCAUUCGACAGCUGGAGCUGUAAGCACUGGCCCAGUCCCCCCACCCCACCCAGCCAUGUACUGCCUGGGUUCCCCUCAGAAGGGAAAUGUGUAUGGAAACAUCUUGGCAGCAAGUGGAAAAAGGUGUAUGGCCCAUGAACCAACUGAAAACUCCAAGAAAUCUCUCUCUGCCUCUGCCAGCAGCGAGUCCUAGACAGAAUCGAGAACUCGUUGCUGUCCUCAGCUGUAACUACUGUUUCAGAAUGUUGCUGCUGCAUAAAUUUGUCAUGUCAGCCAGCCGGCUCCGACUCCGUGUACGAGUGUGUGUGUGUGCGCGCACGCGUGUCUGUGUCUGUGUGUGCGCGUGCGUGCGUGUCACCACCGGAGCAUUUAGGGCUUGGUACAAGAUGUUUCUAAAAUGGCAAAGGUUUUUCGUGUUUGUUUGUUUUGUUUCUUUGGAAAAAGAAAAAGAAAGGAAAAUUAUGCAGAAUCGAAAGCAUUCAGAUUGGAUGACCUGCUCGUAUUCCGAUCAGUCGCUUCCAUUGUUAGCAUCGUACACAUGAUUGUGAUUUUUAUGUCAAAAGAAGCCAAAACUUGCAAUACUAUUUUUAGCAGACAAAAAAAAAGAAAGAAAAGAACUAAGUAUAAAAUGUAUAAAUAUUUUUGACUUGAACAUUUGGAUGGCACUGGGUGCAAGUAGAACAUCCAUCCUUCGGACGGAAUGUUUGGAAAAGAGAGACUUUUAAAAAGGAGAUGUUUGUUUUAAAGAGUCUGUUUAGGGGUUAAAGUACUGUAACUCACGACUGUUAAAAAAAUAAAUUUUCCUGUGCUGUAAAGGAAGGUUUCACAGUACCACUGAGUUAGAUUUCAGCCACAGAAGAUGCUUCGCUGUUUUUUUGGGUUUGUUUUUUUUUUUUUUUUUUUUUUUUUUUGUCUUUUUUUAAGGAGGAAGCCUUUGUUUUGUUUUCCUGAGCCCUCACUCUCUUUUUGUGCUGUUACUCGGUAGAGUCAAGACUGUUACUUUUUAGCCAUGGCUGACAUUGUAUCAAUAACUAAAACUGAAACAUCCAAAACUGACCAGGGAAACAGAGGGCUACAAGCGUGCUCAGAGCCGUUUCAGACAGUGGAAAUCCAUGACAAGCAAACAAAAGGAUGUGAUCAUUAAUUGUAAAGCGCUUUGUAAAAUUCACAUUUACAAAAUAAUAAAGUCAGUUCAAACCUAA